AUGUCAGUCAUCAGAUUAGUUUUGUGCUCAUUCUACGCAGUUUUUGUAACAUUGCUCUCUGCAGCAACUCUUAAUUUAUCUGUCAUUGGAUGGAAUCAUUUAGUAGAAUUGUCAAAACCACAUUUAGAUACUAAAUUGAUGGCCAUUCCAGCCACUUUUACUGCAUUCAACUUGACCCAUAUUCUUUUAUUCGCCAUCAUCAUGGUUCUCCUUGCCACUGGAAGCAAAUUGAGCUCCGUUCAAGCUCCAACUCAAGUUACAUACGCAAAGAAGUCAAACUAA